AUGAACACAUCUCAACAACUCAAUCAUCCCAUAAGUAGAAAUCAGCCUCAGUUACAGAAUGGGUCUCAGUUCCCAGGUUAUCUAAAUGAAACAGCAGCCACAACAGUUCCAGGAGCUGCGACAAUUCCAACGACUGUACCUUUGAAAAGGACACGAGCAAAGCGAAGCUGUGAUUUUUGUAGAAAACGAAAGUCUCGAUGUGAUGCUGAUACCUCAAUACCUUGUUCUAAUUGUCGAGCUUGGGGUUAUACCUGUGAAUUCCAGACAGUGCGUAAGAAACGUGGCCCUCCCAGUGUUUAUGUAGAUAAUUUGGAAAAGAAAUGCAAAAAGAUGGAAGCACUUUUGUCAACUUUGACCAAUUGUUCGAUUAAAGACCUCGAACGGAAUGAUUUUAAAUUUACGGGAGAAAUCAAACCCAUUACGGCUGUUUCCCAUAACUCUUCUGAUACAUCUUCCUCCGAAGACGAAGAUGAGAACAAAAGUGACGCUACUCAGCAAAAUCAAAAUCUUCCACAAGACAUUAAAGACUAUGAUUCCAUCAAAUAUACCGGCCAAUCAUCUGCAGGACCAAAGUUAUUCGACAACGACAUUUUCAAAACACAAGCAACUAUACCAUGGCCCGGACGCAAUAAUGUUGCCUUGAAAAUGAUGUCCCAGGAUGAAGUGAUGAUUGUUCGCACUGAAAAAUCUUCAAUCACAGGGCAAUCCGAUAUGAUCUUGGAUGUUGGCUUAAAUAUGAGAGCUCCUAUUUUCGAUUACAGUUCCCAACCAAAUCCAAGCAUCAGUUCACCUUCUUCCACACGUCUCAAAAACAAAAAACCACCACGCCAAUUACUCGAUAAGAUGAUCGACUUGUAUUUUACGCAUAUCCAUCCAUUUCUACCUAUCAUUAAUAAGCCCAAAUUUUUCCAGCAGUACAACAAUAAUAUACCUAGCAAACUACCCUCAAUUUUGUUGCAAGCGGUACUUGCUCUAGCAUUUCGCUUUGUUUUUCAACAUAAGCCACACAUGGCUAAGGAUGCCGAGGAGUAUGGCGAUUUUUACUUCAGGAAGGUUAUGAAACGAUUAAGAGAUUCUGCUCGCUCUCGAUUAUGUCACGUUCAAGCUGCCUUACUAAUGGUUUUAUAUCUUGAUAUGGACGACGGUGAUGUCGAAUCUAUCCAAUAUUGUACUCUUGGAUCUGCUAUACGUAUGGCCCAAGAUCUGGGACUUCAUCGCUCUUGCGCUAAAUGGGAUAUUCCUCGUUCAGAGGUAGAAACUCGCCAUCGAGUAUUUUACGCCUGUUAUGUAAUGGAUAGAUGGCUUGGCGCUCGUGCCGGUAAACCUCUUACGAUACUGGACAGAGAUUUUGAUACUGAUAUGCCUUCUCCAUACGAGAUUGUUGAUGACGACAAUAAUAAUUCUACAGAAGUGAAUGGUGCGCCCAUUUAUCGAAGCUUCAUUGCUUUGAUUAAAUUGUCUGAAAUUCUUGGCAGAGUGUUGAAGGCUCUUUAUGCACCGAAUGCCAAAAUUGCCAAUACAAAAGCAGGUUUAGAUGAUCCAACGAUAUUAGCUGUAUUCGAUAAGCGUUUGCACCAGUGGAGAUGCUCUUUGGAUGAGCCCGUUGACAAUACUCAUUUCUCAGAUAUUGAGAAACUCAAUCUGCAAUUGUAUUACUAUACAGUCAUGCUGCUUUUGCAUAGACCUUUCAACCAACUGUCCGUAACUGAAUUCCCCAAUCUGAAAUCUAUUGUAACUGAAUCUCAAAGAGUAUGUACGAAUGCAGCAGACAAGCUUUCCCAAAUAGUACAUCAACGCCAAAGCUUCAAGUCAGAUGUUGGAUUCUAUUAUGUUUUGUGCUCCCCUACGUGGUAUAUUUAUGCGUUGUUCCAAUCAUCCCUAGUUCACCUCUUUAAUGCUAUCCAUGACAAGAAUGCACAGACUAUUCGAUCAUUGCAUCAAUCCAUUCAUUUAAUCAAUAUGAAUCAAGACCUUUCUUCUGCUUCACGUGCGGCCGAGAUAUUGCUCGUUCUUGGCUCAAUUAAUGGUUUAAAUCUGGAUGAUAAAGCCGUUGAAAACACGUCCGUCACAGUAAAGCAAGAAGAUUUGACACCAUCUACUUCUUCUUCCACACCAACUGUAGGCUCAAAUUUAAGUAUCAGUUUGACUGACUAUGACGGCGGCAAUACCAAGCUCAGCAUGGGUGACUUCCCCAAAACACAGUACGUUCAACAUCGUUUAAUGAACACAAGUAUUAUCGGUGGUAUUACACCCGAUAUUCAAUCUGACAUCGGGAUAAUUAUGGCUCAAUCACCCAACUGGCACGGUCAACAACAGCAACAACAACAACAACAACAACAACAGCAGCAGCAGCAGCAGCAGCAGCAGCAGCAACAGCAUCAACAACAGCAACAGCCGCAGCCGCAGCAACAGUUACGAAGACAACCUCAGCAUCAACUGCCAUUACCGCAUUUAAACAGUUAUUCUCCAGAUCUUGCUCAAUUUAAUGACGCCCAACAGUUUGCACAUCAACGUUCGUUUUCUGGAGAUCGUACUUCUGUUCCUCAUCAACCACAGCAAAUGCAGCAGCAUCACGCCUCCUCUAGUCCACACAUGCAUUCUGCCUCAGAAGAACAAUAUGGCAAUAUGAUGAACACGCACGUGUCCUCUUCUCCGCAGUCUCUACUGAAUCAAAACCCUAACGCGAAUCAUAUGAUGAACGACUGUUACAACCCUUCUUUAUCACCGAAUCAACAGCACCAGAGAGCUGCUCAACACCAACAACACUCAACUAGGCAAACUUCUUCCAUAACACAUCAGCCGCAACAUCCUUCACCUUCAGCCACUCAUGUUCCUGCCACUACUACCGCGAGUAAUAAUAUGACCGCGACGAUUUUACUUGACCCUUUCCAAGGCUCUUUACCUCAAGCACCGCAAGCCUAUACAGCAGCUUAUGAUCCUAAUAUGAAUGUCACUCCUACCACUUUGCCCCCUUCGAGUUUGAACUGGUCUGAUUGGGAUGUCUACAUAGGCCAUCAAAAUCAUCAAGCAUCUCCUUCCGGUCAUAAUCCUCCUACUGGCCAACAACAACAGCAACAACAACAACAACACAAUCAUCAGCAGCAGCAACAACGAACAUUAUGUACAUCUCCUCAGAAUUUACAUUAUUCUUCAUAA